AUGAACAGAAAACGGGCCCUUAUAUCAGACACGUUUAAAGUGAAGAAACGAAGAAUUGGCAAUGAGAAGCAGUUUGGAGCUGUCAACAAUGGAGAAGGUGCCUUUUCUCAAACAUAAAUGUAGCUAGCUUGCUAAAUGUGUCAGUGUUUAGUAUGUUUGACUUGUUGUCCGUCUCCUUUGUUGUUCCUGUCUUCUCCCAGAGGGACCACUGGACGUCAAAGCCACCCUGCAGGACCUUAUGACAUUAUUCCCACGCAAACUCUUCAAUGACGCCCUUCCACAAAUUGUCCUAAAACACCAGCUCUACAGCAUACACAAUGAUAGGACCCAAGUGGACAGGCAGCUGGUAAGCCCAAUGAAUAUUGCUGGAGCAGUGUUCUUCAAUCCUGGUGGUCUCAAUGAAAUAUGUUAGUACUGGGCACGAACAAAAACCUCCACACCUUGUUGGUCUCCAGGGCUGGGUUUGAAAAACACUGCUAGUCCUGGAGAAAUAUUCACAUUUGUUGUAAAUUUAGACUUGGUUGAUCCCUCUAUAUCAGGGGUGUCAAACUCAUUUUAGCUCAGGGGCCACAUGGAGGAAAAUCUAUACCCAAGUGGGCCGGACCGGAAAAAUCAUGGUAUAUAUAUAACUUAAAAACAACAACUUCAGAUUGUUUUCUUUGUUUUAAUACGAUCAACAUACAACAUAAAGCUGGAGCCUGAGGACAGUGUGUCCAAAAUAGUACAAGCACAACAUCACUAUUAAUCAUAAAACACGUCAAGUUUAUUUGAAAAUUCUAAAGAAAAAGAACACACAAACACACAAUGCCUCAGUGAUUAACAGAACUGUUUCACAGAUCACAGAACUAUAUCAGGGUGUCAUUUCUCAGGCAGAAAUGUAGAUAAAAAUAAUGAAAUCCGUUCCCCAAACAAGUGCAAGAACCACAGAGUCAAGAAUAGGUUAAAUAUACAAAUAAAAUAAAAACAAUUAAAAACAAUAGCACAUCAACAUAAAAACAUAUAAACAUAAAGCUGGAGCCUGAGGACAGUGUCCAAAAGCACAACAUCACUAUUAAUCAUAAACACCUCAAGUUAUUUGAAAGUUCUGAGGACAAAGAACACACAAACACACAAUGCCUCAGUGAUUCACAGAAGUAUAUCACAGAUCACAGAACUAUAUCAGGGUGUCAUUUCUCAGGCAGAAAUGUAGAUAAAAAUAAUGAAAUCCUGUUCCCCAAACAAGUGCAAGAACCACAGAGUCAAGAAUAGGUUAAAUAUACAAAUAAAAUAAAAACAAUUAAAAACAAUAGCACAUCAACAUAAAAACAUAUAAACAUAAAGCUGGAGCCUGAGGACAGUGUCCAAAAGCACAACAUCACUAUUAAUCAUAACACCUCAAGUUAUUUGAAAGUUCUGAGGACAAAGAACACACAACACACAAUGCCUCAGUGAUUCACAGAAGUAUAUCACAGAUCACAGAACUAUAUCAGGGUGUCAUUUCUCAGGCAGAAAUGUAGAUAAAAUAAUGAAAUCCUGUUCCCCAAACAAGUGCAAGAACCACAGAGUCAAGAAUAGGUUAAAUAUACAAAUAAAAUAAAAUCAAUUAAAAACAAUAGCACAUCAACAUAAAAACAUAUAAACAUAAAGCUGGAGCCUGAGGACAGUGUCCAAAAGCACAACAUCACUAUUAAUCAUAACACCUCAAGUUAUUUGAAAGUUCUGAGGACAAAGAACACACAAACACACAAUGCCUCAGUGAUUCACAGAAGUAUAUCACAGAUCACAGAACUAUAUCAGGGUGUCAUUUCUCAGGCAGAAAUGUAGAUAAAAAUAAUGAAAUCCUGUUUCCCCAAACAAGUGCAAGAACCACAGAGUCAAGAAUAGGUUAAUAUACAAAUAAAAUAAAAUCAAUUAAAAACAAUAGCACAUCAACAUAAAAACAUAUAAACAUAAAUCUGAAAGCGUUGCUCAAACUGCCGUAACAGUCCCGUUAUUUUAUCUUUGAACCGCUUCAUGUCUGCCACAUGUUGGGUCGCGCACACAUUUUUCUGACAGGGGAAGUGAGCUGCAUCACCACCGGCAGGUUGCGUCUCCCACAAUGACAGCUUCAACUUGAAAGAACGUAUGCUGUCAUAAUACUGCGUGACAACUUUGUUGCGCCCUUGCAGCUGUUUGUUCAAGUUAUUCAGGUGCUCUGUAACAUCCACCAUAAAUGCAAGGUCCUGCAUCCAUUCUGCGGAAUGAAAUUCUAACACUGGUUUUGCCCUUUUCUUCCAUGAACUGUUCAAUUUCUUCUCGUAAUCAAAGAAACGCCUCAGCACAGCACCUCGGCUUAACCAUCUUACCUCAGUGUGGUAUGGCAGGCCAUAGAUGUGGUCUUUCUCUCUGAGAAGGCUGUCAAACUGACGGUGAUUCAGGCUUCUGGAUCGGAUGAAAUUAACAGUUUGGAUGACCACCUUCAUGACGUUAUCCAUCUUUAAUGACUUGCAACACAAAGCCUCCUGGUGCAAAAUACAGUGAAAAGUCAAAAAAUCACGUCCUCCAUUUGCAGAUUGCACUUUCUCUCUGAACUUUGUCACAACGCCUGCUUUUUUCCCGAUCAUUGAGGGCGCACCAUCUGUAGUCAGGCUGACAGCGCGGGACCAGUCCACUCCGACCCUGUCCAGCGCGCCGACGAGUGCGGUAAAAAUAUCAGCUGCUGUCGUUGUAUCUGUCAUCGGCACCAACUCCACGAACUCCUCGGUGACGGUCAAUGUGUCAUCAACUCCGCGGAUGAAAAAAUGGCCAGUUGUGCAACAUCUGUAAUGUCCGUGCUUUCAUCAAUUGCAACUGAAAACGCAAUAAAUGACUUUACUUUUUGCUUCAACUGGCUGUCCAAAUCCAUUGAAAGAUCGGAAAUCCUGUCUGCAACUGUGUUUCUUGUCAGGCUGAUAUUUGCAAAAGCCUGCCGCUUUUCAGGGCACACAAUCUCCGCUGCCUUCAUCAUGCAUGUUUUUACAAAUUCACCCUCACUAAAUGGUUUUGAAGCCACUGCGAUUUCAUUAGCAAUGAGGUAGCUAGCUUUCACUGCAGCGUCACUGAUGUCUCGGCUGUGAGUAAACACAGACUGCUGUUUCUUCAGACCCGCCAACAGUUCAUUCACCUUCUCUCAUCUCCGCUGUCCUUGAAAGUUGUCAUAUUUGUCGGCAUGAAGACUCACAUAGUGGCGACGAAGGUUAUAUUCUUUCAGCACUGCAACAUGCUGUGAACACACCAAACAUACAGCUUUCCCAUUCAAUUCCGUGAUUAAAUAGGAUGACCAUUUUUCUUGGAACACUCUGCACUCUGCGUCCACUUUUCUCUUUUUUGACAGAGACAUAUUGGGGCAAUGAGGGUGCCAAAGCACAUGAUGUUAAAAGUAGAAGCCGUAAUAAAUAUCGAGGGCAAAACAAAGUAGCUCAUUGGCUGCACGUGCUUGACCUACUUGCUCUGCCCCGGUAUAAACAGUUUGCUUGCUUAACACAAUUGCUAUUGCGCCAUCCAGUGGACGCAAUUGGAACAGCAGUUUAUUUUAUUGAAAAAUUGCAGCGCAUUUUUAUACUUUACAAAUGUUAUUAUUUUUUUAUUUUUUUAUCAUCUCGCGGGCCGGAUUAAACCCGUUUGCGGGCCUGAUCCGGCCCGCGGGCCGUACGUUUGACACCCCUGCUCUAUAUUAAUGUCCAAAAUCUCAUUUUCCUCAUCUCUUUGUUAGAGUGACUUGAGGGAACAGGGGGAGCUGUUGAUGUUCCAGUUGGGCUUUGACGCUGAGGCCUUUGGGUUGGUGUUCGCUGCAGACUACAAAGCUAAAGUCCUGGCCGGGGAGGAGGGGAGAGGGACACGGGGCACAGUGGAGAAGUUCCUGGAGAAAGUGCUGCCCUCUUGCAACGACCUGAGCUUCAACAAAGACACAAUUCUCAAGGAGUUUCUCUUCACAGACUCAGAGAUAACGUACGAGAAAAAGCCUUUUUCCCCCUCAUAUCUUGGUCACUUUGUGUAUUGAAAGUCUUUGUUUGAAUGUGUUUCUUCUAUUCUAUUAAUGCGUUUCUACUAUAGCUGGUUUGUCAGACACAGAUUAAGCCUAGUCCUGGACUAAAAGGCUAUUUCAAUGGAGAUUCUCUAUUAUACAUACUUUUUAGUCCUGGUCUAGCCUUGAUCUCUGUCCAGGAAACCAGCACUGUGUGUAAGAUUUUAAAUGUUGUUUGAGAGGGGGGUCAUUUUGUCCUAUGCUGCAUCUUAUUCUUUUCAUGUAUCUGAAAGUAUCUGUUUGGAUGCGUUUGCUCCAUUUGUAAAUGAGUCACAAAUAACUUGUGCUAUUUCCCACCCCCACCCAGGCAACUGGUGAAGUCGGGGGUUCUGACUGUAAGGGACGCUGGCAGCUGGUGGCUCUCCAUCCCCAACUCUGGCAGAUUCACCAAGUACCUAAUACAGGGUCAGCCACCAAACAAAGGAAGCUAGCUACAUAGACUUAUACUGUCUAAAACGAUCACUUUUCCUCAUAGAUAAUUAAUUGGAAUGAUCUGUUUUGUGGACUCUGACUUGAAUGUACACAUUCCACAUUGAGUUAUUAGCACUUCUUUGCUAAUGGAGUGUUGACAGUUUACUCUCUUCCUCCCCCUGACCCAGGUCGUAAAGCUGUUUUGGGCAUGAUUAAGAAGUCCAAAUAUAAUGAAGUCUUAAAGGCAGAGCUGGAGGAGAGACAGACCAACUCACAGGUUAAAUUCCAGAUCAAGUACCACAUCCAUGACAUCAUUGGUGCAGAGCUAGUAGAGUGGUGA